AUGUCCAGUACAUCUACACCUGGAACCAAGCGGUCUAUCAGCGAAGUCGAAGAUGGUCCAAAUUUUGACGAUGCUACAGAUUUAACAAAUGCUGUUAUUUCAUCAUUACAAUAUCCUGACGAGAAGACUAACGUUUCAAUAAAUUAUUCCAAUGACAAAAAUCUAGCGACUGAAGUCCAAGCCUAUGCUAAGAUAAGCGGAUGCAAUUGGACAUUCUAUGUUAAAUCCUUAGCUAUAUCGAUAGGAAGAAAUACUGAUAAUAAUCAAAAUAGUUCAAGUUUUGUUGACAUUGACUUGGGUCCUGCUAAAGUUGUAUCAAGACAACAUGCCACAAUAACUUACAACUUAGAUCUGAGAUGUUGGGAGUUAAAGAUUUUGGGUAGAAAUGGUGCCAAAGUUGAUGGUCAAAAAGUUAAUGUUGAAUCACCACCAACUCCUUUACAUUCAGGUGCUAUAUUAGAUAUUGGUGGUACUCAAAUGAUGUUCAUCUUGCCUGACUCCCCCCCAAAAAUUGAUAAACGCAUGAUGGAUUUAUGUUUAUCACGUUACAAAGUUAAUAUGUCAAAACAAAGAAGAGUAUCGAACCCAAUAAAUGGCAACGGUUUUUCAAAUAAUCCUUAUACUUAUUUCCCACAACAACAUACAUUAGUCCCGCAAACCAAUAAAACCUAUCAAAUGUUUGAUAAGCCUAUGAAUCAUUCACCUUCACAACUUUCUGCUAGUUCCUUACAAAGUAAUUUGGAUCAAGAUUUAUCUAGAGAAGAAUCAAAAGAUAUAAAACCUCCAUAUUCUUAUGCUACCAUGAUUACACAAGCUAUUUUAUCUAAUGAAAACGGUGUAAUGUCAUUAUCAGAAAUUUAUGAUUGGAUUGCAAGUCAUUACGCUUAUUAUAAAUAUUCAAAAACAGGUUGGCAGAAUUCUAUAAGGCAUAAUUUAUCAUUAAACAAAGCAUUUGAGAAAGUUCCAAGAAGACCGAAUGAACCAGGGAAAGGGAUGAAAUGGCAAAUCAGUGAAUCCUACAAAGAUGAAUUCUUGAAUAAAAUUCAAAAUGGUUCAAUUUCUAAAGCUAGAAGAGGUUCUUCAGUUUCAAGGCAAUUACAAUUACACUUGGCCACUCAUCAAUCAUUACCUGAAUCUAAUAAGUACUACACAAGAGAUGAUAAAAGACUCCAAUAUGAUUAUUCUUAUCCUCCUCAAUCAAAUCAAUCAGGUCAACCCCAAAAUUUAAUCGAUCAAUCACAACCAAUGGUACCACAGAUGCAAGUACCUCCACUAAUGUAUAAUAUACCCGACCAAUCACCAAUGAGAUUAGAUUUGAAUACUCCUAAAUUACCAAAGGUUAAUAAUAAUUUAUUUAAUUUACCCCCUCCAAAUUCAGGUCCUGGUCAUUCAAGACUGAAUUCAUAUAAUCAAUUAGAUCGUCUGAACUCCUAUCAACCUGACUCGAUUACAAGUGAAUCUAUUGGUAAUUCAGAAGUUUUAGGCUUCACCAGUCCUAAAAAAGUUCAACAGCUCGAAGCUUUCACUCCCGAAAGAGGUUCAAAAUCAGUUAAAUUAAUACCCGGGUUGAAUAACCAGUCUUCUCCUGCAUUUUGGAAUUUUGUGCAAUUCAGCACUCCUAAUGGUCAAACCCCCAUGAGAAAAGAUGGUGAUGAAAAUGGCGGAAGUCCUUCUUUAAGAAAAGUUGUUGACGAUAAAUUGUCUCCUUUGAAGAAAGAAAGUACUUAG